GGUUCCUGAGAAAGAAAAAAAGACCGUUGUCACACGAGCCGCACGAGGACGUUGUAGGUAUGUUGUCCUGCUGCAAUGCUGUCGUGUCCAGGUGAGCCGGCAGGAAGAGCCCGAGGGCUUGAUCAGGGCAGUGCUGUGCAGUCAGGCUGUCCUCUGUAUAAAUGGAGCUCGGUGGGGACUUGAUGGAGGUGCCCUGUCCAUUGCAUUUUGACUUCCCUAUUCAAGAUGAACGUCUCCUAUUCAAAGAUUUGCUUAAUGCAUGCUUCUUUUUUCCAAAGAUGUGCCUGUGGAUAUUUAUUCCUAUUGUUAUACGCAGGGUAUAGAACACGCAUGAAUUCUACGGUACUCUGAAUCAUGCUUUUAAAAGAACUACGUUUCCCAGAGGUCCUUGCAGACACCAGGCUAUUGUCCCGAACCUUGUUUGUGCACAGCCGCCUCAGACAGAUACGACGGAGUCCGGUGUGCUUCGGAUAGUUUUGCUGUCGGUUACGAGAGCUAGCAGGAGAAACAGACAUCGGCGGCGGGGUUAUGUUGUGCACUGCAAGGUUAGUUCGGACUCCCGCAGAGAGAAUGCUGCACAACCGUCUUGGGCCAAACCCAGGAUCGAGGUAGUGACAACGCUGUCAUUGCGAGGCAUUGAUCUCAUCUAAGCACCAUUUGCUCAAGACGUCAGUAAGAAGAAGGAGAGGUUAAGAGCUUGUGUUGAAACCCCUCCUAACCCGAAAUAACAGGGGAAGGACUCGCCAUUUAAAAAAAGCAACGUUUCUGUUUCUGGAUUCAACCGCUCUAGCGUAUCUCCAAACUGAAAAACGUGAUACAGGAAGUAACCUGCCAGCACCAGUCAGGUGCUGAUGCUGCUGGAGUGCUGAUGGGAGUGAGAUGUCAGCUUGAUCUGCAGUUUUAAGUUGCAGGAGAGGUCGUGUCAAAGGUAGUUUGCCUUUAACCAGCGUCCAGAAUGUCGGUCCCUGAAAAGACAACUGUGUUCAAGGAGGUGCCUGGAAAUGAGACCUACAGAAUCCCGUCCCUCCUCUACCUCGACGACGCGCAGACGUUCCUGGCCUUCGCCGAGAGCCGCUUGACGCGCAAUGAUACGGACGCGCGGUUUCUGGUGAUGAGCAGAGGAAGGAGACAGCAUGAAACUGUUGAGUGGUCGCUCCCUCAGGAGGUGACGUCCGCACGUCUGCCUGGCCAUCGCAGCAUGAACCCCUGCCCGGUGUACGAGCGGACCUCUCGCACCCUGUUCCUGUUCUUCAUCUGCGUCAAAGGGAAAACUUCGGAGUGCAAACAAAAAUUCUGGAGGAAAAAUGCGGCCAGACUGUGCGUUGUCAGGAGCAAGAACCACGGGGCGACCUGGAGUGACGUCACAGACUUGACGGCGACGGUGAUCGGCAGCGAGGAGAAGAACUGGGCGACUUUCGCUGUGGGGCCAGGUCACGGGGUUCAGAUGGGGUGCGGGAGGCUGAUUAUUCCAGCCUACGUCUACUACAUCCACAGAAGGUGCUUCGGCCUUCCUGUGGGCCUUAAGACUCACGCCCUGUCCUUCUACAGCGACGACGGCGGCGAGGCAUGGCACAGGAGCGACAUCCCCCGAAAGUCGGCUGUCGGGAUGAGCGAGUGUGAAAUGGCCGAGAUCGGAGACCACGACGGCCGCAGCUACCUGUACUGCAAUGCCCGUAGCACCUCCGGCUGCAGAGUGGAAGCCCUCAGCGAGACGAGGGGGCAGGAGUUUGACAGCCCCCACCAGGCGAAGAAGCUGGUGGAGACGGGUAAAGGCUGCCAGGGCAGCGUGGUCAGCUUCCCCGUGCCCCAGCGGUUCAUGGAGAGCGCCGGCCCGCGCCGCGGCGUGACUGCGGGCAGGUGGCUGCUCUUCUCUCAUCCCACCGACAGCAGAAACAGACGUAACCUGGGCGUCUACCUGAACCGUGACCCCUUGCACAGCUCCGGCUGGGAAAAGCCCUGGAUUAUUAGCCGAGGGCCUAGCGGCUACUCUGACCUGACCUACUGUCAAGAGGACGAGCUCUUCGGCUGCCUCCUGGAGUGUGGGGCGGAAAGCGAGUGUGAAGAAAUUGCAUUUGCCACUUUCCAUCUCAAGGAUGUGAUUGAAGCAUCUGGAGAGGAGAAGACAGGAGGUUCAGUGUCUUCUGCACCUUAGCUUGAGUUUAUGUAUAAAAGGGAAAUUGCCCUUAAUCUUGAUUUUCACAUUUAACUCUCGGGGCUCUGACUUCCUUCCCAUACGAUGGAUGUGGGUGUCGGCACCACUGAACAAUGUUCCUCAGAGUUGAAUACAUCAAUACCGCUUCCUAGCUAGAUUGCAAGCUUUUUCUUAAAAUGCUUUGAGUACACUGUUACCUGUUCUGAGCUGCUUUGAAUAUGAGGUGCACGUCACUUGUUAGUUUCAUUUAUUCUAAGCUGUUUCUGUGAAUGUUAAUUUAUCUAUAAAAUGAAGCAAAAUGAAAGCAGUCCAGCGAUCCACAAUAGCGUUCUUUGUUCCAGAUAUUAUUUUACCGACUCAAAACACAGCUGUAGAAAAGCGGAAUAUCUGCCUGUGCUGUGCACACAGGUCCGGGAGGAAGCAGCUACAGUUCACUCUGCAGGUUUUAAUGUAUCCAGUGACACCGAACAGUUACUUCCUGCUUAGAGUGCAGUAUGCUGUGUGUGCUUACUGUACAGAUAGUGCCAUCAAGGAAGUCUCAGUCCCCCCAGUAUGGGUCACAGCUCCAUCAGACUCCCACUGCUGCCAGACUGGUGAAGGCCCUGUGGAUAACCUCCACAAGCUCUAGCUGAAUGUACUGGUGCACGGCCAAUUGUCCCAAUAAUCCUUCAUAUGUCACUCACUUGCAAGAAAGAGUGCUCCAGGAAAUGGAUCCCCAUUGAACCCAGGCUACAGUAGUGUCAAGAGGCAAAUUUCCACAGUGCUGCUUUCUCCGCAACACGUCCUCAGCACAGAGCGAGGCGUUACUGCAUCUCAAAGGGAAGGAGCUAUUUUAAUGGCCAAAAAUAACCCGUGAAACUAGGCUUUGCUGAGUUAAUUCACCAGCACAUGCCUGGAAAACUUAAAACAACACAUGAGAAACUGGCAAAGACAUUCAAGUAAGGUGUUGCAUUACUCUUGUAUACAGCAUGAGUCUAUGGUUUAAAUUUCACUGCCAUCAUAAAAAUGCUUUACUACUGCAAAUAUGAAAUAUGAGCUGUGCUGAAUCAACAACUAGGUUUCUUUUAUGCAAGGUCUUGGGCGUCAGAUGCCUUCCAAACAUUAAGUAAUUCUUUGAGAU